AUGACAGAGAAAAGAAUUGAUAUAACACAACCACUAUGGGAUCAGAACACCUUUGUCGGAAGAUUCCGGCACUUUGCUUUCAUAUCAAAUCCAUUAUUGUCUAUGGCAUCGGAAAAAGAACUUUAUGAAGCAAAGGAAUUAUAUUUUAAAUAUAAGGAAGGUAAAGAACCUCCAAAUACUCAGUUAUCACAAGUUGUGAGAGCGAAACAGCUCUAUGAAUCAGCUUUCCAUCCCGACAGUGGUGAAUUGCAGAAUGUCUUCGGCAGGAUGUCGUUUCAAAUGCCAGGCGGUUGUUUGAUAACAGGAGCCAUGUUACAGUGGUAUAGAACAGCAACAGCGGUAGUUUUCUGGCAAUGGGUGAACCAGUCGUUCAACGCUCUAGUCAACUACACGAACAGAAACGCCAACUCGCCUCUAUCAACCACACAGAUGGGUGUAGCGUACGUCUCAGCUACAUCAGCCGCUAUGGCUACCGCACUAACAUUCAAAUACGGCAUACAGAAACGUGCCAAGAAUCCAAUACUCGCUAGAUUCGUGCCAUUCGCUGCCGUCGCAGCAGCCAAUUGGGUCAAUAUACCCUUAAUGAGACAAAAUGAAAUAGUUUUAGGAUUGGAUGUGACCGAUGAAAACGGAAAAAUAAUUGGAAAGUCGCAACUAGCUCCUGUCAAGGGAAUAUCACAGGUUGUAACUUCAAGGAUAAUAAUGUGCGCGCCUGGUAUGUUGUUACUGCCUGUUAUAAUGGAGAAAAUUGAACCUAAGGCUUGGAUGCAGAGAAUUAAAUGGGCUCAUAUCGGAAUACAAACAGGGAUUGUUGGAAUGUUCCUAACUUUCAUGGUGCCAACCGCCUGUGCAAUAUUCCCACAGAAAUGUAAACUCUCAAUUGAAACCAUAAAGCGUUUUGAAAAGGACAGAUAUGAAGAAAUUUUGAAGAACACAGACGGCAAGCCACCAGAAUAUGUUUAUUUCAACAAAGGACUUUAG